AUGUAUUACACAAACGUGUUGUGGGACAAACUUGCUAAAAAAACCGAUAAAUCCGAGCAACAGCCGAAGGGCACGAGCGCCACCUCCAAAAUACCCGUAGCAGAUCCCAAAAUUUACCGACCGGCCUCUCCCCAGCCGCCCCCCAAGCCCCAGGAGCCCCCCAAAGCCCCCGAGCCAGCGAAAGCCCCCGAGCCAGCGAGAGCCCCUGGACCAGCGAGAGCCCCCGAACCAGCAAGAGCCCCUGAACCAGCGAGAGCCCCCGAGCCAGCGAGAGCCCCUGAACCAGCGAAAGCCCCUGAACCAGCGAGAGCCCCCGAACCAGCGAGAGCCCCUGAACCAGCGAGAGCUCCAGCGCCAGCAAAGGCCCCCGAGCCGGUGAAGCUGGAGCCCCCGGCGAAGCCCCCGAGGUCCCCUUCGCCUCAUCCGCUGCGGACGGAGGCUUUCGAGGAGAUCGAGUACGAGGAUGAUGAUGAUGAGGAGGAAGAAGAGGUCAGCACCGAUGGGGAAGAAAACAGCGUGAUUUCGUCUUCUCCUCGAAGGAAUCAAAUCAACGCGACGGGCAACGAGCAGAGGCAUAAAAAUUAGGCGGAGUCCUUGUAUUGCGGCCAUUUACUAAGGAUGAGCCCAAGGAGUGAUGGUUUUUUUGGUAACUAAGUGGUGUCGGGUUUUAUCCUUUUUUUAUGAUUGUUUGGUUGUUGUUUGGUUAUGUAUAAAAUAAAGCUCGGGAUAUGUGCUAAAAAUUUUGAACAAACAUGCGCAUGUAAUGUGCAAGGUAUUUUUGUAAAAGUUUGGUGAAUAUUUAUUGAAAAAAGGUGUAUGCAUGCUUGUAGAAGUGUA